CGAGCCGACCACCGCCUAAUCAGGCAUUCGGUGUCAUGAGAGCUAUAGUACUAGCUGCGGCCAUCUUGUCCUCAUUGUCUGACGGAAGUGUUGGAUCGACGUACGAUGGCACCCUCGUAUUGGUCCACACGAUUUUCAGACAUGGUAAUCGAACACCAACGAAUGGCGGAUACGACAAAAAUCCUUACAACAACGAAUUGUUCUACGCGCCAAUGGGUUGGGGACAAUUGACCAACGAGGGCAAACGUACCGAGUAUCGCAUAGGUACCACUCUGAGGCAACGGUACAAUGACUUCUUGGGUGAUGUCUACAGCGUCAACAUCCUGGACGCACGUUCCACCGACUACAACCGAACCAAAAUGUCUGCGAACCUGAUGUUGUCCGGCUUGUUUCCGCCUCGAGAUGACCAAGUGUGGCUGCCGUGGCUGAACUGGCAACCCAUUCCCUACAAUUAUUUCGCCGCAGACAAGGAACUGGGAUCCACGUGGACUUGUAGCAACUACGAAAAACUGUACGAAGAACUUCUGGCUUCCGACAAAGUCCAAGAGCUGUUAUCCCAAUUCGAACCCACCUACUCGUACGUGAGCACCUACACCGGGUUGAACAUAACGGGGCCUGACGGCAUCUUUAAUUUGUACUUUGCGCUCACCACUCAGCUAGAAUACGGUUACCCGUUGGAGGAGUGGACCAAGCAAGUGUAUCCGGAUGAAAUGGAAAAAAUUUCCAAGAACGUUUACUACCUGCAAACCAACACCACCGAAUUGAAGAAGAUUGCCGGAGGGUUUAUGUUGAGGAAAAUCCUAGAGGACUCAAAAAGGAAAAUCGACGGUACGUUGACACCGUCUUCGAGGAAGAUGUUCGUCUACUCCGGCCACGAAAGGAACGUCGCUAACAUACUGACCACUUUGGGAGUUUACCAGGACGACAUCCCAUCCUACGGGUCCCACGUGCUUGUUGAACUGCACAAAAUUAGCGGCCAAUACGGGUUUAAGAUCUACUAUCAAAAUUGGAGAUACAGUAACCCAAAAUUGUUGACCAUUCCUGGAUGCGGAUCGUUCUGCAAGCUGGAGGAGUUCGAGGAACUUUUCGCGGAAAUCAUUCCUUCCGAUGACGAUUGCCAAACGGCGUAGAUGCAUUUCACUGCUUGAUUAAUUAAUAA